CACUACACUGAACUUCCUUCUUCAUGCCUAGGACUUUUCGCGACUGCAAAAACUAAUAGGAAACUGCUUUGGUACUGACCGAAUACUGUUGUCUGAAUAAUAAUAAUAAUAAUAAUAAUAAUAAUAAUAAUAAGCGAUGAAUGGGGUUUGUAUGCCUUCCGCUACGCCGCUGAUAGGCUCAGCUCAAAGGGACUGUCAGUACUCUCACCCCCGGGAAAGAAGCGAGCAAAGAAGGGCGCUCCGGCUGGUGAACAUGCCCUUCGAGAAAGGGCCAGAAGAUAGGCACGAUGUUGCCAGCUUUCAGGAAAAGGGCAGUCCGUAUUUCACCAAAUUUAACCCGUAUGCCUCACCGCCUGCAGACAAGUGUUCGUUGGCCCCUUUACGAGAUGACGUUCCCAUUGUAGACCCCUGUUCUGGGUUUGUGAGUACUGGAGCUGAUGCAGACCUGCAACCCGGCGGCAGAAAUAUCCCAAUUCUGGGGAGCUAUAAAUCCGAUGAGUACGGUGUGAAGGGGAGGCCACAGACACCACCGACCAGACCUUCGUCCUGGCAAGGUGAUCAGGCUGAGGAAAAGCGCUGGAAUUCAAGGGCUGUGUCCGAUGCCUAUCUAAGAGCCAAGCUCGGAGGUUGGACAAGCCCUGUGCGAGUUCUCCCCGCUCCACCAAGAUUCCCUUGCACUCUAACAAGCAAUACGUUCUUUUUCAAUGUAGAUCCUGCAACAAAGGAUGGAUCUUCGAGGAACUGGAGGGAAGAGCUUGCAAAGAAAUAUAUGUAUACAUCGUCCACACAGAGGAGUUAUGAAGAUAUUGACUGGGACUCAAAGCUGCCUCCUAGAAAAAAACCACCUGCCUCAACAUUUGAGAAGAUGGCUGAUCCUGUUAACCAGCAUUUUACUCUGCGGAGAUACGAGCCUGCAGCAGAAACCUGGCAGGUGUUAGGUGGACUUUGGGACAGAUUCCAAAUGAGAACACUUAAUGAAGUAAGAAAACCAAUCACAUUCAUAAACCCUUGUUCAAGAAUUCGCCACAUCCCGCUUUACAGUGGUUCUACUGGGGCUGAGAAUUUAGAAGACGUGGACAAUUCCGAAAAACAAUUUGUGCCUUUUACUGUGCUGAGAACUCCACAGCCCCGAUACACAGAAACAGCUCAACGUCCAAAUAUUCCUGGUUACAAAGGCAAAGUACACUUUUCAGCCAUCCAUCCUUUAAACCAGUGCCCUCCAACACUUCCUACUACAGCUCGAGUGCAUAGGUACAUACUGAACAAUGGAAGCCAAUCUCCAAAUAAACACCUGGGCCCCCUCUCCAGAAUGGUUACCACUGUCCCCUCAUGCAACCCCUUCACCAAAGGGGAGGAAGAAUAAAUCUUCCCUAAUCUAACACCAGCUGCAAUCAAGAAAAAUAAAAUAACCCGGGUGGAAAGUGUGAAUUUUGUUUCCAAUGUAACACAAUUUAUAUAUAUUUAUAAUCCAGGGCGGGCAAUGUAACAUGAAACAAGCAGUGUGAUUGGUCGAGCAAGGUUCCAGCUGUCCAUAUAUUAGAUGGAUACAGACAGUUGGAGCCUUGUCACCUAUUUGAAAUCAUUGGGCUGCCUCACAAAAUUUAAAGUACUGGUAUCUUGUUUACAGUUACAGAUGUACAGUAACUAUAAAACUGAGUGACCAAUUAUCAGUAGUAAGUAGACAUGUUGAUUUGGAUGAAGAACAAUUACAUGAACUGGAAGAUAGUAAACAGAAAAAAAUACUCAUCACGACUGUCACUUCAAAUUAUAUAUUUUUAACAGUUUUUAAACAAUACAGAAAAACACAAAAUGACACUUAUGCACAUUAUCCACCCCUCUGACACAGACCUUGAAAAGUUACUGAAAUCCGAAUCCGAAUUCAGUUCCGUCUCAACUUUGCCUCCUGGUGGUUAUUUUCAAUGGCAAUGUGCAAUUCAACACCUCAAAAAUAAAUAUUACUUUGCACUAUACAGUAUAUACUUUUGCAUGUUUCAAUUAAAUCGAUUUACUCAGCUUAAUUUAGUGUGUAGUUCAAAGUUAUAAAUGGGUCUACUUUUGUGGUCAUUUUAUUGGCAUAAUGAUAUUUAAUUAAGAAACAAACACCCUCCAUUUGACCUGGAAUAUAAAUGCAAUAAUGCCCUUCAGGGUGUCCGUAUACGUCGAAUAUAUGGACUUCUUGGGGGUUAGAGGCACUUGACUUCGUCUUUUUUGUGAGUAGUACGUAAAGCCUACCCAUUUUUUUUGUUAGUUUGCAGUUUUUGGAUAAGAUGACAACGUUUUUUUUUUUUUUAUGUUCUCUUCACAAUUAACAGUUAAUUUCCUAGAAGUGCUUACUGUAGCUACAUAUUUAUAAUUUUAUUUAAAAUAUAUAUAUAUAUAUAUAUUUCAGUCCACAAUCACAUUUAAAAAUAUAUAUCCCAUUUAUUCUGUUUUCUGAUCACUGUGUGCUGCACGUUUUAUUGUGUUGGUUGUAUUUGGUUGUACUUUCUAAAUUACUGUGCCUAGUAAAUUUUGGUGAUGCUGUCAAUGGGUACAUUUCCUGGUUAAAUACAUAAAUAAAUACAUUUGAAACAAUUUUAGUAACA